CAGAGACUCCCGUCUUCCGAAUUUAAAACAGAAGGAUAGUAACAGUUCUGAGGAACUCAACCAAGAUUUUUAGUGUUUACGGCUCAGUUUCAUUUUUGUGCAUUGUGGGGAUGGGUGUUGAUGAGGAGACUAGCAGUGGUGGAGGUGUGGAGUGUUGUGAGCAAGGAUCACACUGCAAAAGGGGGGCAGUGAAUGAUGGUAUCGGCAUUGACAUUGUACAUGAUUUUGGUGAUCGGAGCUCCGGAGGCCAGUGAGGGUUUUCUUGCUUAUAAGAGGCGGAGGCAACUGAGGUCUAAUGCAGAGAGCGAAGUUCAAGUGGAUGGGAGUGCUUCUGUGGGUGCUGCUUGUCGUUCAACAGAGCAGGUCUAUCUCAGUCUUUGCAUUUAAGUAUGAUGGACGCUGAUUUGGACUGCUUUCUUUCUAAUGGUAGUUAGUGGUGAGAAUCUUUUGUGACUUUUGUCCAGUUGAACGGCUGAUGUUGGUACUUCUCUCUUCUUACCGUGAAAGUAGUGUUAUUUUGCUGAUGUGUUUCUGAAAUUUGUUCUUCUUUUUCCCUACGACAUUUGGUUUCUUGUAGUCCAUGGGAUUAUUGGACAAGCUUAUAAACAAUUAACCAUGCA